AUGCGGCAGCAUAAAGUGCAAGGACAAAGAAAUUUGCAUCCGUAUUUAGAUACAUUCAAAAUGUUGUGUGGUGGGAAAAAAUCUUACUUUGCUGCUGCUGUGUGCAUUAUUACUCUAACUUCAGUGGUGACGCUUUCUUAUCUUAGGUUGCAGAGACUUUCUCACUUACCAAAAAUAAUUCAAGAAGGUAGCAGAUGUAGAGGGAAAAUUACCAAUAGCACAAUAACAGCAUUAAAAGGUAACAGAACUUUUAUUAUAUCCCCAUACUUUGAUGACAGAGAAAGCAAAGUCACUCGUGUGAUUGGGAUUGUUCACCAUGAAGAUGUAAAACAACUAUACUGCUUGUUCUGCUGUCAGCCCAACAGAAGGAUAUAUGUAUCAAAAGCAAAAAUUGAUGUUCACUCAGAUAGAUUUGGAUUCCCUUAUGGUGCAGCAGAUAUAGUUUGUGUGGAACCAGAAAACUGCGAUCCAACACAUGUAUCAAUUCAUCAGUCUCCACAUGGAAAUAUUGACCAGCUGCCAAGGUUUGAAAUUAAAAACCGCAAGGCUGAGACCUUUUCUGCUGACUUCACUGUAUGCAUCUCUGCCAUGUUUGGAAAUUACAACAACGUCUUGCAGUUUAUACAGAGUAUGGAAAUGUACAAGAUUCUUGGGGUACAGAAAGUGGUGAUCUAUAAGAACAACUGCAGCCAUUUGAUGGAGAAAGUCCUCAGGUUUUAUAUGGAAGAAGGAACGGUAGAGAUAAUUCCCUGGCCAAUAAACUCACACCUCAAGGUUUCUUCUAAAUGGCACUUCAUGCAAGAUGGAACACACAUUGGCUACUAUGGACAAAUCACAGCCCUAAAUGACUGUAUAUACCGUAACAUGCAGAGGAGCAAGUUUGUGGUUCUUAGUGAUGCUGACGAAAUAAUUCUUCCCCUUAAGCACCCAGACUGGAAAACAAUGAUGAGCAGUCUUCAGGAGCAAAACCCAGGGACUGGUGUUUUCCUCUUUGAGAACCAUAUCUUCCCAGAAACAGUAACUACUCACACAUUCAACAUUUCGUCCUGGAAUACUGUGCCAGGUGUGAACAUAUUACAGCAUAUUCACAGAGAGCCUGACAGGAAAGAUGUAAUCAAUCCCAAGAAAAUGAUAAUUGAUCCACGAAAGGUGAUUCAGACUUCAGUCCACUCUGUCCUUCGUGCUUAUGGGAACAGUGUAAAUGUUCCUAUGGAUGUUGCCCUCAUUUAUCACUGUCGAGUGCCCCUUCAAGGAAACCUUCCCAGAGAAUCCCUUAUCAGGGAUACAACACUGUGGAGAUACAACUCAUCAUUAAUCAUCAAUGUUAACAAGGUGCUGUAUCAAAUCCUACUGUAAGCUCAAAAGUGAAACCUGGGUUAUAAGGAGGGAAAGUGGAAAGCUGCCCCUAACGUGGGGAGGCAGAGGAUACCAUUUAAAGAUCACAUUAAAAUCACUUCCACAUGAAGUUUACAUCACAGAUAUUUAGGAGAACAACCCUUUUAUGUACUGUACAAAGGUAAAUGCAU